AUGUCGGGGUUGAGAGGUCCCUCGGAUUACUCCGAAGAGCCUCUUCGCCACCCUUCGUUACGAAUCAAUGCAAAGGAGCCCUUUAAUGCUGAGCCAACAAGAGAAGAUCUCAUCUCCUCUUACAUAACCCCUGUCGAUUUCUUCUACGAGAGGAAUCAUGGGCCCAUUCCGAUUGUUGACGACAUUAAUAGUUACUAUCUCUCCAUAGGUGGGCUAGUGGAGAAGCCAAAGAAGCUGUCUUUAGAUGACAUUAAGAAACUACCCAAAUACAAUGUUACUGCAACUUUACAGUGUGCAGGUAAUAGGAGAACAGCGAUGAGUAAAAUUAGGGCGGUGAGAGGUGUCGGGUGGGAUGUUGCGACUCUAGGAAAUGCUAUCUGGGGUGGAGCCAAGUUAUCAGAUCUUCUUGAGCUUGUUGGUGUAUCACAUCAUACAGCAAUAACAUCAUUAGGGGGAAAGCAUGCUGAAUUCACAAGUAUUGACCAGUGUCCUGAGGAAAAUGGUGGUCCUUAUAAGGCAUCAAUUCCCUUGGACCAGGCAACUAAUCCUGCAGCAGAUGUCUUACUUGCAUAUGAAAUGAAUGGUGAGGUUCUCAACCGUGAUCACGGAUACCCACUACGUGUGAUUGUUCCUGGUGUUAUUGGGGCACGCUCUGUCAAAUGGUUGGAUCGGAUUGACAUAAUCGAGGAAGAAAGUCAGGGAUUUUUUAUGCAAAAGGACUACAAAAUGUUUCCUCCUUCAGUCGAUUGGGAUAACAUUGAUUGGUCAACCAGGAAGCCCCAAAUGGAUUUUCCUGUACAGUGUGCUAUUUGUUCCUUGGAAGACACAAAUGUCCUUAAGAAAGGAGAGGUCAUUGUUGCUGGAUAUGCAGUGUCUGGAGGUGGGCGUGGCAUUGAGAGAGUCGACAUAUCAGUUGAUGGUGGCAAGACUUGGUUGGAAGCUUCUAGAUGUCAGAAGAGUGAUGUCCCAUAUGUAUCUUGUGAUGUGACAAGUGAUAAGUGGGCUUGGGUUUUCUUCAAAGCUGUUGUAGAUAUUACAGAAGAUUCCACGAUUAUAGCCAAAGCGGUUGAUUCAAGUGCAAAUGUCCAACCUGAAAGAGUAGAGACAAUAUGGAACCUAAGAGGCAUACUGAACACAUCGUGGCAUCGCAUUCGCCUCCAAAUUGCUCCAUGAACUUCAAUUCCUUCCCGAGGUAUACCCAACAAAAUAUAAAUGCAUCACCGAUCGUCCCUGGCGUAAAUGGCAAAGGGCUUGGUGGUUGGUACCCGAGAUCCCAAGUUCGAAAAAAAAGAUAUUCAUGCAUCCAAACAGGGCCUCAGUGAAUAUCCAUUCGUAGGAGGUGUAAGCAUGUAAGUACAUUUUGAGGUUUGUAUAUGUGAAGUUCCUCUCUUUUUUUUUAAUGAAAUCUUGUAUCUUUUGUAAAUUUAUGUUUAGAUUUAGGGCUUUAAUUUGAUAG